AUGUUAGCAGCUGAUCUUGGAAUAGGCGGAGAAUUUGUUACCAUAAUUGCACAUAGUAUUCACGAACAACUAUUAAAACACAAAAAGGAUAUACGAUUUUUUGAUUCUGAUAAUGAACAAGAACGUAUAACUUCAGCUUUUCGUAGUAUCGAAGAUUCUGAGGAGUGGUGUCCUGUUCUUGAAAUAUUGACGACUGAUGAAUUGGAAAAGAUAAGAAUGGACAAGGAAAGAGACAUCCGACGAAUGAGAAGAGCAACUUCUCGUAAUCUUAAUAGAUCAUCAAGACGCCCUAUGAUGGUAGCAAAUGGUAGUAAUGGAAUUUCACAUCAUAAUUCUUUAAAUAUGAGACCAAAAGAUAUGUUACCCGCAGUACAAAAGGGAUCAAAGAUGACAGCUGAAGAUUUAAACGCUUGGAAAUGCUUUCAUUGCGGUAUUGAUGGAAAUAGUACUCCAUCAAUUAGAAGAGGACCUGACGGUGGAAAGACAUUGUGUAAUGCUUGUGGCUUGGUUUGGUUGAAUAAAGGAGAAUUGCCACAACAUAGAAAAUCGAUGUUUAGAGUAGAUAAUUACAUAUAA